CUUCAUGUAGGCCUUCCUCUCUAGGGAGAAUUUAUUGCUUCGUGCAUUAAUAUACAUAUAUAGGAAACAUCAGAUUUGUGAAAGUACGUACAUUUAGAAAAAUACCAAGUUGAACACUCAUCAUCAUGCUUCUCAACAAGUUCUGCCUCCUCUUCCUCCUCAUCAUUUCUGCAUCACUUUUGCCAACUUCUUUUGCAGGUCGAGGAUCAAAGCUAAUCAGAAACUUGGCAGCAGAUCCUGUGAACGCAGUCCAAGAGGAACCUGAUCUGAAUACAGAAGAAGUGAGGAACAUCCAUGAGAGGCUCCUUAGGGCUAACACAAGAGAUUACGGACGAUAUGAUCCAACACCAAAACUCUCUAAGCCUCCUUUCAAGCUCAUACCCAACUGAGUUAAAACAUGAGUCUGGGAAGUUGGUAUCGGAAUAAGUACCAUCGAACAAUCCACUUUUUAUCUUAUUGUAAAAUAUGUAUGCCCCAUAUAUAAAUACUUAGUCAUGUUUUGAACUCAAAUAAUUUAGUGUAUCACAUAAAUAUAUAUAGAUGAUAGAAGAAUAUGUACGUCUGUUUUACUAGCUCGAUCGAGUUAUGUUGUAUGCGUCGAUGCGAAUCGGUGCACUACUGAUACAUAUAUGAAUGAAAUUAAAUAAGGGAUCGGAAUGCAUGAAAGGGGUUUAAUACCCUUAUGUAUUUUGUUUAAAA